AUGUCUGGAAUUAGCAAAGCCUGUUGCUCAAUCCCCCCUGUUGUCUCCAAGGGCUACCAGGCCAAGGGAGAAUACAAGACCAUCAAUGGCCUGAAGACCUACGUCACUGGCCCAGAAUCGGCCACCAAGGCUAUCCUGGUCGUAUAUGACAUCUUCGGCUUCUUCGAUCAGACCAUCCAGGGCGCCGACAUCCUAGCAACCUCGACCGACCAAAAAUACCGCGUGUUCAUGCCCGACUUCUUCGAGGGUAGCCCUGCCGACAUCUCGUGGUAUCCACCCACCACCCAGGAGCACAAGGAGAAGCUGGGUAACUUCUUCUCGACCAAGGCAGUCCCACCAAAAACCCUCUCCAAGAUUCCCAAUCCCCCUGGCGGCAACUUCCAAUCCUGGUCCAUCCUGGGCUACUGCUGGGGCGGUAAGAUCGCAACCCUGGCCUCUGGCGCUGACAACAAGUUAUUCAAAGCUGCUGCGCAGUGCCACCCAGCUAUGGUCGAUGCCAAUGAUGCAAAGGUCGUGAAUAUCCCCAUGGCGUUGCUCGCAUCGGGAGACGAGCCUGUCCAGGAUGUCAAGGACUUCGAGGCCAACUUGAAGGUCCCUAAGCACGUGGAGACUUUCUCAACUCAGAUCCACGGAUGGAUGGCUGCGCGAUCGGACCUCGAGAGAGACGAGGUACGCAAGGAGUACGAGCGCGGAUACAAGACCGUUCUCGAAUUCUUCCACCAGCACUCGUAA